CUCAAUAUCUGACUAAUCUCAUGUUAUUUUAUCCAUGCAGAUUUACAUAGUUUAUUUAGGCAUCAACCAAUUCCAUGACCCCAUACUGACUUCCAAGCUUCAUAUUCAAGUCCUCUCUGAUGUGUUUGCCAGUGAAGAAGAUGCCAAGCGGUCCAUCCUCUAUAGCUACAGCAAUAGUUUCUCGGGGUUUUCAGCAAAGCUCAGUUCAUCUCAAGCAACCAUAUUGGCUAGGAUGGACAAAGUAGUAUCAGUCUUCAGGAGCAAGACACUAAAGUUGCACACAACAAGAAGCUGGGAUUUUCUUGGCCUUACUCUGGAUGAAACUCGAGUUACUCCGAUGGAAUUCACCAACGGCCAAGACGUAGUUGUUGGGAUCUUUGAUACAGGCGUAUGGCCAGAAUCUGAAAGUUUCCAGGAAAAGCCUGGCAUGAGACCAAUUCCAUCAUCUUGGAAAGGAGUAUGCGUUGAAGGAGAAAAGUUUGAGCCUGCAAAAGCAUGUAACCGCAAAUUAAUCGGUGCACGUUACUAUCUCAAAGGGUUUGAACAAGAGUAUGGGCCUCUUAACAUGAGCGGUAACCCUGAAUAUAGAUCAGCAAGAGACUUUCUUGGUCAUGGAACGCAUACCGCUUCUACAGCAGCAGGGUCUAUGGUAAAAAAUGCUAGCUUCUUUGGAAUUGGCCAAGGUACUGCUAGAGGUGGCGCACCUUGGGCAAGGGUUGCAGUGUACAAAAUAUGCUGGGGCAUAAAUGGUGUAGGGAGUUGUACAGAAGCUGAUAUCUUAGCAGCUUUUGAUGAUGCUUUGCAUGACGGAGUUCAUGUAAUCUCAGCCUCAUUUGGUGCAACGCCUCCUUUGUCCCCAUUCUUCGCAUCAAGUGCAGAUAUUGGCUCAUUCCACGCAAUGCAACUUGGUAUUACUGUAGUGUUCUCUGCAGGGAAUGAUGGUCCAGAGCCAUCUCUAGUCCAAAAUGUUGCACCAUGGUCCCUUUGCGUAGCUGCUUCAACUAUUGAUAGAAGUUUUCCAACUGAAAUUGUCCUUGACAGUAACUUCACCAUAAUGGGACAAAGCAUAAUCAGCAAAGAAAUCAAAGGCAGACUGGCGAAUGCAAUCACUUAUUUUGUUGAUGGAGUGUGCAGCUUGGGGAACUGGAACCGAAAACUAGCUACUGGGAGAGUAGUCCUAUGCUUUUACACUCCAGGACUAGUGUAUGAAAUAGCACAAGUAGCCGUUAAAACAGCAAAAGGAUUGGGUUUGAUCUUUGCCGAACCCUUUACCAAGCCAAUUGCGGAUGUCGACGAUGAUAUCCCUACACUGCAUGUUGACAUUAACCAGGGGACUAUAAUAGGGAACUAUCUGGCAGAAUCCCUCAAGCUACCUGUAGUUCAGAUAUCACCGAGUAAAACAAUCAUUGGAAAGUCACCUGCGCCAACCGUAGUGUACUUUUCUUCCAGAGGGCCAAGCUCAAUAUCACCUGACAUUCUCAAGCCAGACAUCACUGCUCCAGGAAUCAACAUAUUAGCAGCAUGGCCACCACAAACUCCUCCGACUUUACAGCCGAGCGAUGACCGCCUUGUGCGAUGGAAUUUUCAGUCGGGAACAUCGAUGUCUUGUCCUCACGUUUCAGGAGUGGGCGCUCUUCUCAAAUCUGUCCAUCCAGGGUGGUCGCCUGCUGCCACUAGAUCUGCCAUCAUGACCACAGCUUAUACAAGAGACGCAAGCCAUGAUAGCAUUCUAGCUGGUGGAUCAAUGGCAGGUUCAACCCCUUUCGAUAUGGGUGCCGGCCACAUAAACCCUUUAAAAGCAAUGGACCCAGGGCUUAUUUACGACAUGAAAACCAGUGAUUACAUUCUCUUCCUCUGCAACACGGGAUACACCCAAGAACAAAUAGAGAGGAUAGUUCUGCCCUCUUCCGGGGUCGAUACCAACUGCAAGAACAUGCAUGGACCAAACGCCAACAUAAAUUACCCAUCCAUUAGCGUCCCGAAUCUCCGAUCCCCCAUCACCAUCAAAAGGACCGUGAGAAACGUGGGAUGUGGGAAGAAAACUACAGUUUAUUUCGGUGUUGCCAAGGAGCCUGAUGGGGUGGAGGUGGUGAUCUGGCCCAGGGUGCUGAUUUUUUCGCCCUCCAAGCAAGAAAAGUCGUAUUACGUCACUCUGAAGCCAUUGAAAAAGUCAGAAGGAAGAUACGAUUUUGGAGAAAUAGUUUGGUCGGAUGGUUUCCACCAUGUUAGAAGUCCACUGGUCGUCCUUGUCAAUAAUUCCGAUGAUUUCACCAUCUAAUAAGAAGUCACUUUCAGCAUUGCAAGUUUGAGCCCUUUCCAAUUUUCCACAUAUUUGGCUUAAUACGGUGAUUGACAAUAACUAGGCCGAUUAAUAAACGUUUUUCUUCUUUAAUCCUCCUGCCUUGUUUGUUUCCCUUUUUCCCUUCAAAAUAUGUGCACUAUAAGCUCAAUAAAUAAAUAUGUUUUUAUAAAUUAAUGAAA